GCGUCGGUCAAGGUCGCGGGAGUGAGGGCGAAGUUGCGCACGGCCACGGCGCGCGACGUGGAGGCGCACGCCCACGUCAGCUACAGCGACCUGCUCGCGAGCCUCCCAGAAGAUCGCGCCUUCGGCAGCCAGGACCUCGCGCAGCACCUGGCCGCCAGCGCCGGCAAGGGCACGCCGCUGGCGAACGACGGCGAGCUCUCGCCGAUGAAGACCGGGCGCCUCGAGGCUCCCUGGACGGUGAGCGAUCUUGGAUCUGGGUUCGGCAGCGCGCUCGGCUUCGACGUGGCCGGGAUGAUCCAGAGCUGCGGGUUCGGACUCAAGCGCUUCCCUUGA